ACACUCGCACUCUCUCGCUGUUCUCCAAAAGCUUUCAGACAGAAAUCCCCUCCUCGACAGCAAGCGGAGGCUGAAAGAAUUGAAACCCUAGACUUUUCAUUCGGCGUCAAUGGAACUUCGGUCUGGUAAAAGAGCCUUUAAACUCUCGAUCGAUUACGGAACGAAACAUAGCCAUGUUGAUGCUAUCGAUGAUUCCGAUGUCAAUAGGUCUGAUGUAGAUUCUGAUUCUGACCUUAGUAGCUCUAGCGACGAAGAUAGUUUGCUUCUUCUUCUUUUUAUAUGUUAUUGAAAUAGUUAUCAUCUUCGUCUAGGGUUUGUAGUUUUGAAGCGAUUUGAAUUUUUGUUGCAGUUUUCGUUUACUUUGAUAUCUGAUUUUGAACAGGAACGAAACAUAGCCAUGUUGAUGCUGAUGCUAACAAUGAUUCCGAUGUCAAUAGGUCUGGCGUAGACAAUUAUAUACAGACUUCUGAUUCUGACCUUUGCAGCUCUAGCGACGAAGAAUGAAACAUAGCCAUGUUGAUGCUGAUGCUAACGAUGAUUCUGAUGUAGACAAUUAUAUACAGACUUCUGAUUUUGACCUUGGCAGCUCUAGUGAUGAAGGCAUAAGUUGUGUUCAAUUGGAUGGAAGCAUGUCCCUGCCUGCAAGAGACGCUGUCAUAAAGAGAUUUACUGAGGAUUCAAAUUGCAGAAUUUUCCUCAAAGAGUUUGAAAGUAGGGGGCGUUGCUCUCAAAUCUUACAGUAUAUCAUCACAUGUUUUGUGAUGGAUCCUUGGUGGAGAGGCAAGCACAAGAAAGAAUGCAUCGAAUAGGACAGUACAAACCAAUCAGGUGAAUCCAUUCUCUCCCCAUUAUUUCCAAAGUUUCUAACAAGUAACAACGGUUAAGCCAAGUCUACAAGGGGCUAACUUUCUGUUUUAAGAUUGUGAGAUUUGUCAUCGAGAAUAUGGUUGAGGAGAGUCUUGGAACUUCAAAAGAGAAGAAGGAACUGGUAUUUGAAGGUAAGUUUUUGAUUCAUCACUGACUUUGUAACUUAUCUCUUUUGUGGCUUCUAAUAAGACUGUUGGUGUUUAUAAAAAAAAAAAAAAAGAAACGAAAGAGUCUCUUGGUGGUUCAUCAGAGGAUAUUGGAAAAUUAACAGAGGUAGUUAGGCAGAUGCGAUUUUUGCUGGUGACUUAUUAUAGGACCGCAGUGGUCAAAAGUGCUUGAAUUAACUCAGGAAGACAAGAUGAUACCAUUAGUUUAGUAACCUGGCCAUAUAACUUGAUCAGAUGAAGCGAAGACUAGUCCUAUGGUAAAACUUCCCUGCUCCCUUAUGGCUUUGCUGCUCGCUUUCUGUUAUUUAGUCCUUUUUGAAGUCUUACUAAGAAGUAAUGCUGUAUGAUCUUCUAGACAACAUUAUCUUACUGCAACAUCUUUGAAGCUUAACUGGUUCAUUCUCCAUGUAGAGACUCUUGCAGGGGUGGUUAUAAGCAGGCCGGCAUUUUAGACUGAUGGCUUCCGCAGCGCAGUUGUAUUGUUGGCUGAUGUCAAUGAAAUCUUGGCUAGCAUUUCCCCACCAUCCCCCAACAUGCUUUGAAUGCAGCUGCUGGGAUUAUUGGUUGGUUCUCCGGUUGCAUGAUAUUAAAACUUGAUUAAUGUGCUGAUCCUAGAUUGACUGGAAUGAGGGGUGCCUUUUUACCCGAUACCUGUAUCCAUCAACCCACUUCAGGACACCUUGGGCUAUGGGGCUGAUGCAAAUAAUUAGGUAAAGAAUUUUAAGGCAAGUGGGGGUACGAGGGUAGGAGCUUGCCACUAGUUCUAUUUUUAAUCCCUAAAUAAUUAAUACCUUUUAAUUACAAGACAAA